AUGAUCGGAAGUCUUGGGAAAGCCGUCCUUUCUAAACAAAGUGGGACGUGGGAGUGGGGCGAAAAGAAUAGUCUUGACAGUAGGUCUGAGAGCACCGUCGAAAUGGGAGGGGCAAAGGGAGGGGCAAAGGGAGGUGCAAAGGGAGAUGCAAAGGGAAAGGGUGGGCUUAAGAGGGUGGCAACUGCGGAGGCCGAGGGCAGUGGCAAGGCGGCUAAGAAGCAGAAGCCCGAGGCCGCUGGUGGGGCUGGACCAGUAGUGCCAAAAGCCAAGAGGAGCGGAGCCGUGAAGAAGGACGGGACGCCUUCGAACGGUGGGGAGGAGGAGUUGACGGAAGUGCCGCCCGCGCACGUCAAGGUCACCACCCCGGGAAAGAUGAAGGCGGGUGCAAGCACUCUGGGGAUUCGGGCUGCGCAGGGGGUCCUUUCGAAGCUGGAAAAGACCUACCUGCAGACCACCCUCCAGGAGCAGAUCAAAGAUUUCGUCCCGGAUGAUCUGAGAAAGAUCAAGCCUGAUGGGAUAGUGACCAUCCCCAUUGGGUAUCUCUCGACCGAGGACGAGAUGAUCGGAGGGGAGCUGAUGUCCUUCAACCCGCGUCAGCUGAACGCAGACGGAGUGGCGCGGAUCCGGCAGAGGUUCCGUAUCAAUGGGUUCGACACGACGAGGUCCAUCUUGACGGGGGUCGUGUCGUACAACGGGAUGACCUUCCCGAUGGACAAGAAAAUGCGGGAUAGCUGGGACGAGGUGGAAAGAGAGAACAUCAAGGAUUGGAAGGAGUAUUUGGAGAAGACGAAGGGGACAAGCCCUCUGAGUGCGUGGACGCUGAAGCACAUCGCAGGAGAGGGGAAGUCGUGGGGGAACAAAGUGAACGUGUCCGACGGCAAGCACAGGGUGGAAGCGGUGAGGGAGGAACAGAGAGCGAAUUUCCACUCCCUGAAGCUGGACCCCCAAGGCAAGAGGCACCCGAUGGUAAAGGUGCAACUGCUGGACGCGUCAUCGGACAUGAUGGGGAAGCUGCUGGCGUCCUGCAACGCAAUCAACGAGCAAACCUCGCAGGGCAUCCAGAAGCAAACCAUCCCGCUCAAGAUCAUGACUACGCUGGAGACGAUGUCGACAAUGGCGGGCAACAAGCUGAACCUAGAGUACGUUUUCUACAAGCCCCCCAACCACGUGGCGGGAUCGGGGUACGAGAAGGCGCUAGAAGCCAUCACCCAGGACACGGAGAUCGCAGAGGGCUUGGGGAAGGAGGACCUGUACACGCUGGUGGGUACGGGCUUGAGUGAAGAAUGGGUGGAGGAAGCGGUGUGGAGAAUCUUUGUGAAGAAACCGGCGCAAGCGGAAGAAGAGGGGUUCGGGAGGUCGUUGGAGAAGAUACGGCAGAUGUGCAAGGGGUUGGGGUACGCGUACAAGGUCAUGAGGGAGGGGCUGCAGUGGCUGCGGAGGCUGAAGAUCCUGAAGGAUGAGCCGGUGUCGAAGGACGGGUCCCCAGACAUCUCGUGGAACUUCGCCUCAGCGGAUGUGAAGGCGUUGUUCCGGGUGAAGAAGUCGGUGGAGUACCCGGAAUGGGUCAUGAGGCUGGCGUUCAGCAAAACGAAGAAGGGGGCGCACUUGGCGCGGUACAUGUUCGGGCAGGGGCAAGAGUGCAAGGAGAAGGCGAGCGCCAAGACAAAAGAAGAGCAAGGACGUGGAGGAGGCGGGCAAGAGAGCCUGUACUCGGGGGUGCCGGAGGCGCUGGACCUGCGUAAAAACGUGCUAGAGGCGAUUGCGACUGGGGCUGUGUUCGGUGGAAACUGGGAGGUUGAAUCAGCAGCGGCGACGGUGUACAAUCUCGAGGACGAAAAGAAGCUCGGGGUGCCGUUGGAGAGGGACUGUGGGGGGGAAGUUCCGGAGGGACUGAUCGAGCUUGGGAAGGAAACGGGGCGGGAAUACAUCACGAGGAAGGUCAGAGCGUACAAAUUGAACGUUCAGAUUGGAGUGGAGGAGGUCGCAGAGGAGGGUCGGGAGGGAGAGGGGAAGCAAAGCCUGUCCAUCAGCUCGACGGAGGUCUACAACGUGGUGGAGGAGUCAAACUCCUUCGUUUUGCCGUCGGUAGCGAAGCUGGUGGAGGGAUUGGAGUACCUGUGGCUGCUGGACGACGGAGACUGGGAGUCGAAGAAGAAGGGGGUGGACAUGGUGUGGUUCAACGUGCCGCUGCCUCGGUGCGUGCUUACCGACGGGGAGGCGGCAAAGUAUGACCCGCGGCAGCAGCGGCCGUGGGAGACCGACGAGGUGCUGGGGGCGCUGGAGCUAGCGAAGAAGCUCCUAACGCCUGCGGGGGUGCUGGUGGUGGUGGCACCUGUGGGGUUCCCGGAGUCGGCGUUGGACGGGACGAGUUACACUGGCCUGGUCACCGCCGUGAGAUCGACUGUCACGUUGGUGAUGGGUUUCAAGAAGUCGAAAGACACGACCAAGCACGUGUACGGCUGCCAAGGCAACACGUUCAACGUCUACUACGUGACGCUGGCGGCGUCGGACCUGACGUCCAUGGUGAAGGGAAGUGCGUGGAGGGACACUCUUGAAGGGGUACCUUUCCACGGAAUCUUGAAGAAGCACGGCUCGUACAAGCCCUACUCUUUCCUUGAGUGGGAGGCCUCUGGCAAGGGGCUGUCGACCAAGAUGGUGACGAGCCUGCUCGGGGGGGUGCCGCCGCGCGGUGGGACUGCCGUCGUGCUCAACGCCAAGGGGGGCAGGGAGGUGUCGGCCAUAUCAAAGGCCGGCUUAAAAGUCCUUGCGACGUACUCCGAAGCAAAGGAGACGUUCCCUGGAAUGCUCGAGGAUUCGAAGACGGGGAAGAAGUGGGGGGGUACCGACGGGUCAGCAGCAGAAGACCAGGUGGAGAAGGGGCCGAUAGAAAAGGCGCCGACGGAGACGGCAGGAGCAGGCCAGUCGAGGGGGAAGGAGAGGACCGCGGAGUAUGCGGAGUCGGUUGCCGGAGACGCGGGCAGGGAUAAGUCUGCGGAGGAUGUGGAUGAGGAGAGGGCCGAGAUCGAGGAUGAGCUUGCGGAGGCCGCGGCGGAGGGUGAGGAGGGCGAGUCGGAACCUGCAGAGGGUGAGGAUGAGGAGGGCGGGGAGGAGCCUGCAGAGGGUGAGGAGGGGACAACAAAGGAGAAGGGCGAGGAGGGUGCAGGAGACAAGGAAGGGGAGAAGGCCGCGGGGACGGCGCAGCCGAAGGCAGCUGGGGGCUCCGGAGAGGCAGGCGAGUCAAUCGCCGGCAGCUCGGACCCCUACACUCUAGAAUUGAAGCGUUUGGACGCUGAGAAGGGAGAGGCAGUGGAGUACUACGAUCCGUUUGGAACUCCGCCAGAGCCCAAGGUCCGAGAAUUGCUCGAAGUCCUCGCAAGAAGAGUGGGGAGAAAUGUGAGCAACGGAGCGCCGUUCGGGGUGAGGGUGAACAAGGCGCAACACCAAACCAGCCUAACGGAGUGCGGCCUGCACUUGCUGAUCUUCGUGUACAGGAGGUCAACGAACAAGAGGUGGUUUGAUUGCACGACAGGCACGACGGGGUCAAUGAAGGCCUUGAAAGCGUUUUCGAAAGUCAUUUUUAGUGGAGAGGCCCUUUUCAAUCAGUAG